AGGGAGCGCGGCGAGCAGCCUGUGGGAUUGGUGGCGGCGGCGGCCCGAGGGCGGCCCUAGGCCCAAGGCCCAGCGCAGCCAUGUCGGAGCUUAGCGAUGAGGCCAGUGAGCCGGAACUCCUCAACCGCAGCUUGUCCAUGUGGCAUGGGCUGGGCGCACAGGUCAGCCGGGAGGAGCUGGACGUCCCCUUGGAUCUGCACACCGCUGCUUCCAUUGGCCAGUACGAGGUGGUGAAGGAGUGUGUCCAGCGGAGAGAGUUCGAUUUGAACAAGAAGAAUGGUGGCGGCUGGACCCCGCUGAUGUAUGCCUCCUACAUUGGACACGAUACCAUCGUGCACCUGCUGCUUGAGGCGGGGGUGAGUGUGAAUGUGCCGACCCCGGAAGGGCAGACUCCACUGAUGCUGGCCUCCAGCUGUGGCAAUGAGAGCAUCGCUUACUUCCUCCUGCAGCAAGGUGCUGAGCUGGAAAUGAAAGACAUCCAGGGCUGGACUGCUCUCUUCCACUGCACCAGCGCUGGGCACCAGCAGAUGGUGAAGUUCCUCUUAGACAGUGGCGCCAAUGCCAACGUGAGGGAACCGGUGUGUGGGUUCACACCCCUGAUGGAAGCCGCGGCCUCAGGCCAUGAGAUCAUCGUGCAGUAUUUUCUGAACCAUGGAGUCAAAGUGGACACACGAGACCACGAUGGCGCCACGGCCCGGAUGCUGGCCAAGCAGUACGGACACAUGAAGAUUGUGGGGCUGAUAGACACGCACGCGCCAGCUUUGCCCACGAGCCUCUAUCGGAGCCCAGAAAAAUACGAAGACCUAAGCUCAUCCGAUGAAUCCUGCUCUGUUCCUCAGAGGCAGAGGCCGUGCCGCAAGAAGGGCCUCAGCAUCCAUGAGGGGCCGCGCGCCUUGGCCAGGAUCACCGCCCUCGGACUCGGGGGCAGGACCCAGCAGCCUUGCUGUGAGCAGGUGCCUCCACAGGGCUAUGUCACCUUCAACAGCAGUGAUGAGAACCCUGUGGAAGAGGAGGGCCUCUGCUACCGGGACGUCACCUCCCCCAUCAACGACCGUGACGUGGAGAGCAGCAGCAGCAGCAGCAGGGAGGGGCACACUUCCUGUACGAAGCGUGGGACUGCCCGCAGCAGCAGCAGUGAGGGGCUGGCCCAGGCCCAGGGAGUCAGCAGCGAGGCCUCUCUGGAGAGCAAUGAGGAUUCAGAUCACACACGUAAAAGCUCAGUUCGCAAGCAAACGAAAAGCUAUGUGAAGACCAAGAACCGUUACAGCAACAGUGACAGCCAGUGGCCUCCCAGCAUCGCAACCUCCGGGGCAGCCUCUUCCCCAGGAUCCAUCCCCCAAACCCAGAGGUCCCCCUAUUCAGGACCCCAGGACCUUGCCUCACUGCUAGAGCAGAUUGGGUGUCUGAAGUACCUGCAGGUGUUUGAGGAGCAGGAUGUGGACCUCCGCAUCUUCCUGACCCUCACCGAGAGCGACCUGAAGGAGAUCGGCAUCACGUUGUUUGGGCCCAAGAGGAAGAUGACCUCUGCUAUUGCCCGCUGGCACAGCAGUGCCCGCCCCCCUGGGGACGCCCUGGAGCUGGCCUACGCCGACCGGCUCGAGGCCGAGAUGCAGGAGCUGGCCAUCCAGCUGCACAAGCGCUGCGAGGAGGUGGAGGCCGUGCGGGGCCAGGUGUCGCAGGAGCAGGAGUUGCGGGCCGUGGUGGAGAGCUGCCUCCUGGAACAAGACAGUGCCCGCAAGGCUGCGCACGCCCAGCUGCAGGAGACCCAGGCCCUCGCGCGCGCCGCCACCCUCAUCCUGGAUCAGCUGCAAGCCUGCCAAGCGGAGCUGUCGGCCCGGGUGAGGCAGGGCGAGUCUCCAGGAGGGACAGUCCUGGGCUCAGUCAUACCCACGGCUGACUGCAAAGGCUGGCAGGCAUCCCUGCAGGCCAUGAGCCUCCUCGAGCUUUCAGGAGCCCUGGAGGACUGCAUCCGGGAGAUGGGACAGGCACUGUGCUCAGUGACCCAGAGCCUGGAGAAGCUGCAAGUGCUAAAUGGGAAACAGAACUGGCGGGAGCCGUAGUCAGGCGGGCCGAAUCUGACGUUGGGUGACUACUCCACCCUGAAGCUGUGCGCCAGAAGGACGUCGUGGGCAGGGAGCAGUGGUGGCCCAGGGGGCUGAGGACCGGGCCCCGCAGAGCAGUGGCAGAGGCAGGACAGGCCACACGGGGCCAGCACU